AUGAGUUCCUGUGCCGAAGAACUUUUCCCAGGCUUCAGCAAUGGUGAUUUUUUAUGCGGGUUUCACGCUAUACUUGAGCUGAUCGCUGAUGCUGCUUAUGACAACCAAAAUGAGAUUGCUAUGCCUUUUUUACUUAUCAACAUAUUUCAUUUUAUCAUUCUCACUAGAAAGUCAAUGAGAAUUUCCUCAAUUAACGUACUAAUUGCUGCGGUCGCAUUCGCUGAUAUGUGUUCUUUCCUAUAUGCAACGGAACAGAUCCUAACAAAAGUUCUAUAUAUUCACAAUCGGUGUUUAUUUUCUGGCUCUUAUUGGAAAAUUGUGAUAAACCUCAAGUUAGAUGCACUUGCUAAAUGCGCAAGGAAAUGUUCCACGUGGUUUUCUUUGUUUGUUGUUCUCAUACGAACUCUUGUUGUACGAAAUCCGUUGAACUCGUUUUAUCAGAACUUGACGAACCCACCGGCAGCGUACAAAACCAUACUAGGAGCCAUUUUGUUGUUUUCACCUCUUUUUGUUGUACGAAGUAUAGAAAGACAAGUUUAUGUAUUCAAAACAACAAGCAUUUGCAAGCCUAACCAAACCUUUGUUAGUUAUGGUACCAUGAAGAAUGAGGAUUUUUUGGCAAAUGAUAGACUAAUUAUGAAAAUAGUUGAACCUGUCGACUCGAUUCUAUCAAAUAUAAUUCCAUGUAUCCUUUUCCCAAUCGUCACGGCCUUCUUGGUUAAAGAAAUAUGGAAAUUCGCAAAAAAUCAGCAACGAAUUGCAUCCUCCAGAAAAUCAUUUGAAUCACAGAAAACCACAAAAAUGGUCCUCUUGUUUGCGGUCACAUAUUUUAUAUCUGGAUUUCCUUUGGGAAUCGCCUCAGCAUUAGUACCGUAUUACAUCAACGGUAUACCUGGAAUUGAAUCCAUCCUUUAUUGUUUUAUCUAUUUCUUUGGUUCCGUUGUUACUUUAAACACAGUAACUCACUUUUUCGUUUGCGGGAUAAUGUCAGCUGACUACAGAAAAACAAUGCUUUCAGUGGUUCGGUGUGGGAAAGAGAAAUCCAGCUUGGGCGUUGUUGUGCAUCUUCAAGUGUUGUGGUUUCAUUCUGAUUCUUCUGAAGCCGUCAUCUCGAUCGUGUGGUUUGGACGAUAA